UGCCUUCAGUGCGGGGAGGCCGCCGCGACGCUAGGGAGUGCAUAGGGCACCGCUCCAAACAUCCGAAAAUUCAUCAACCCUCAACAUACACCCAGCGUUUAAAUUAUUUUUACCUCACAAUUUUUUCAAUUUCUCAAGGCAAAAUUCCUGUCGAGUUAACACUUUGUUCAAAUACUAAUGAGUUGAAAAAUCGUGACCGAACAAAUCAUUGUGACUCUCCAAGUCCCAAGAUAAUGAUCUCUCCAAAAGAAGCUGAUGACACCAUAAAAUUGCGUGGUGUACGACUAUCCGAUCGGGUCUAGUAAUAAAGAAGUGUGAUCUGAUCGAGUUGAUAAGAUAGAUAAAAAGUAGGUGUGUAAGUAGGAGCAGUGAGUUGGGUGGAAAUCGAUGGCCAUCAGAGCCCAUGGGCGGCCUCGCGUUUAGGACAAGGAAUAGCCCCUCCCAGAAGACCUCGCUCAGGUGGGGCGAUUGCUGCCCACCUAAUCCACCGUUAUCAUCGGCCGUCCUGAAGGGCCGUCAUCAGGAUAUGCCGCCAGUACCCGUGUGAGGCUGUCCCCCCCUGUUGCGUGACUGUACCCCGCGGGGUCUUGAGAGGUUUUCAAACGUUGAAAAAUCCGACCGGUUACCGAACCUCUCGGAUCUCCAUAUACACCAGCUUGAAUUAACACCAGUCGAUCUCUCCUCACCGAAGAUGAUCAACGUAGCUGGUGUGAUAUCAAUCGGGCUGUUUUAUGUCCUAAUAUUGGGUGUUGGAAUAUGGGCAGCGAGAAAAAAAGAAGCUGGCAACGACUCCGAGGAGGAGGUGAUGCUGGCAGGUCGCUCCAUCGGCCUCUUCGUUGGCAUAUUCACCAUGACAGCAACGUGGGUUGGCGGUGGUUAUAUUAAUGGCACCGCCGAGAUCAUCUAUACCAAGGGGCUUAUAUGGUGUCAAGCGCCAUUCGGUUAUGCCAUGAGCCUCGUCUUCGGUGGUAUAUUCUUUGCCAACAAGAUGCGACAGCAGGGGUACAUCACGAUGUUGGAUCCUCUUCAGGAUGCCUUUGGAGAACGUAUGGGUGGACUACUAUUCCUACCAGCACUUUGCGGCGAAGUGUUCUGGGCAGCCGGUAUUCUGGCUGCUCUUGGUGCCACAAUAGCUGUUAUCAUCGAUAUGGAGCACGGCCAUUCCAUUAUAUUUAGCGCCUGCAUCGCUGUCUUCUAUACGCUCUUUGGCGGCCUCUACUCCGUAGCUUACACCGAUGUCAUCCAGCUUUUCUGCAUCUUCGUAGGACUCUGGCUGUGUAUUCCCUUUGCUUGGAUGAAUCCAUUGGUCCAGCCAUUGAGCUCCCUCGAGGUCGAUUGGAUUGGCCAUGUUAAUCCAAACGAGUGGUGGUAUUAUCUCGACUACGGACUGCUUCUUAUCUUCGGUGGUAUACCGUGGCAGGUGUAUUUCCAGCGAGUGCUCUCAUCCAAAACAGCCGGAAGAGCACAAUUGCUGAGUUACGUAGCAGCAGCUGGAUGUAUCCUCAUGGCAAUACCACCAGUUCUCAUUGGAGCUAUUGCCAAGGGAGCUGCUUGGAAUAUGACAGACUAUCAGGGCCCAUGGCCACUCGAAGAAGCCCAAACCAGUAUGAUCCUGCCAAUGGUGUUGCAGUACUUGACACCUGAUUUUGUUUCGUUUUUUGGUCUCGGUGCAGUAUCAGCAGCUGUAAUGUCAUCGGCUGACAGUAGUAUUCUCUCAGCGAGUUCUAUGUUCGCGAGAAAUGUUUAUAAGCUCAUAUUCAGACAGCGGGCCUCAGAGAUGGAGAUUAUUUGGGUGAUGCGGGUGGGCAUUGGCGUGGUAGGUAUCCUGAGUACAGCAAUGGCCCUGACUGUACCAUCAAUUUAUGGGCUUUGGUCGAUGUGCUCAGAUCUUGUAUACGUCAUACUAUUUCCACAACUGCUGAUGGUGGUGCACUUCAAAGACUACUGCAAUACGUAUGGCAGUCUAUCGGCAUACAUAAUAGCAAUGAUUGUUAGAUUAAGUGGUGGUGAGGCAGUGAUAGGUCUUCCCGCAUUAAUACACUUUCCGGGUUAUGAUGAAGAGACACAAGUUCAGAUGUUUCCAUUUAGAACAAUGGCAAUGCUGAUAUCACUCGUAACGCUUAUCGGCGUGUCUCAUGUGACUCAUGUGGCCUUUAUGACCGGUAGAUGGGCACCAGGUUAUGAUAUUUUCAGGUGUGUUGUCAAUAUACCUGAGGAUGUUGAACGGGUUGGCCCGGAUCCGGCUGAAGGUGAACAGAUGGCUGUUCUUGCUGCUGGAGCUGGAAGGCUCUAUGGUAGUAAGGACGAAUCUAACGGACGAGUUAAUCCAGCGCUCGAGCCGGACUAUGACAUGGAACCAGGUUGUGAUGGGGUGCAGGCUGUGACGGGGGGUGCAGGAUUAAUUGCUGGUGGUGGGGGUGGCAUAGGUGGUCAUCCCGGGCCAGUUGGCAGUGGUUCUGUACGUCAGUCCCAGAAUAGUACUGCCCUCUAAAGUAAAUCCGGUUCCGUGAUCACAAGCUGUGACCAACAAUAAGUGCGGUAGCGCGGUUGUUAUCUGAUAAAUAUGUUAUUUAAUCUCCCUCAUUUUUAUUUUUCUACCUCUCUCACAUUCAUAUCGCUGUAUACUUUUGGUGGAUUUCGUUCUGUUACUGACCAACGUUACCAUUGAUCUCUCAUUGGAGAUCCCUCUGUUCAUAAAUUUCUAUUAUAUUUUUGGGCUGAUAUUGAGGAGCUCCAUGUGGAGUCAAGAUCGAACGGCUGAGGGAUGUGAUACCAAUAUUUAUCAUUCUCUGAGCUGUACGGCAAUGACUCUUUCCGCUCAUUAUGGCAAUAAUCUGUGCUCGUUGAUUAAUCAACUUGCCGGCGAAUUGUUCAUCUUCGGACUAUUGUAGACUCUCUCAUUCAGUUCUCACAAAAAUGGGAUACACCGCGCUACCAAUUAGGCCUAGUGAUCUCCUUGUUUUAUUUUUUGAGAUAUAUAUUAUACACUUACACACAGUGAAGAAUAAUGUAUAUAUUUAGAGUCUACUAAUCAAGCUUGAGAAGAAUUAAUUAUAUAUGGAAUCUGAUGAAAAUCGAUUCAUUCGAUCCUCAAUAAUUCUCCGGUGGCCUUUUAUAGAGUGAAUACCGGAGUGUACGCCAUUAUUGAUUGCAUAAUGAAUGAGGGCUCGGUAUUAUAAAAAAGUUAGGGGGUUGAUGAAGUGAAUUAGCUCAGCUACAAUUCAAAAGGUGCAUAAACAUAUAUUAUACAAUGAUAACGAUGUUGAAAAAAAAAACGCGAAUGUUAGUUAGAUUAUACUACGGAAAGCUUUUGUACUGGCAAAUUGAAAAAUGUUCUUCCCUGUAGAGACGUUCUCCUGAGACCCAGCUUGGCAGUUCCCUUAUGGUUCUGAUGUAAAAUGAUUAGAAAGAGCUGUCCUUCAUCAUGAAAUCGAUAUAUCGAAUGGCGAUUUACGGUGCCAUCUGAUGAAUGAAUCGAUUGACGUGUGGAUCAGUUGUGUUUAUGAUAUAGUAUAUCAAAUCUCUGAGUUAUGUUGGGGAAUUUAUGUAGUUUGUAGAAGGAAUGAGGGGUGAGUAUGAAAACCAUCGCGGAGAUAGAAACCGAGGUAGAAAAAAUUUGGCUGACUGACUGGCUUCAGUUUAGCCACGUGUACGCGUACCUUAAGCAUAUAAUGUAUAUAGUUACGAUGUAUACAUAUAUGCAUUACUGUAAACAUAUCUACGAAAAGACUACCUGACGUACGUGCAUAGGGUAGGCUACUGGUAUUUAUUAAUAAUCAACUAUAGAUUCUACUCAAGAAAAUAUCAUCGUUGUUACCUUCAUCCUUGUUGUUACUUUUAGUUUGAUCAUUGUCACCUUGACAAAACAAUAAAGUACUAGUGUUACAAUGUGUUUUUCUUCAUUUUUUUUUCGAAUUUUCGGAAAGUACUUGAAAGUAUUUCCUAUAACCGACGCUAAGGGAGUCGUCAAAACUGUUGACAGUCUAGGAACAAUUAUGUUCUUCAUUGGAUUCUCAAUAAUUCCACGACUGUUUUUUUUUUUCAAAGUCAACGGAUUUAUUCAAAUUCAUUGAUGGAUAAUUAUUGGGAAUUUAGCCUUAAGGGGAACGUGCAAAUGCAAAGUUUUUGAUAAUUCACAGAAGGAAUAAAGGUAUGUGAGGAAUUGUCCAGAAUAUAUAUUCCAGGAGGAAGUAUUAUUAUAUCGUGCGCUCAUUGUAAUUAUAGUGAAGUGACAGGUGGAGACAAAGUGAAACUUCUGUGAGAGAAUAGGUGGGAAUAUUUGCACUGUUUAUGAUUUUACAGGUUGAUCGCAGGCAUGAUUAUUACGUGCAAUACUUUCACCACUUAUUGUCAGUCUAAUCAUUGUACAUUGACCAUUACCCUCGAAUUUCAACAUCAUUGUUCAUUAUUUAAUUAGCCCUCAUUAUGUAUAAUUAUUUAAAGAUACUAAGUCUUGGCAGAAUGUUCGCACUGUCUCCGCGUAGUCACUUUGUGAGAUUAUUUUUCAUCAAGUGAUUGAAAAAAUAAUAAUGGUGAUAAUUCGUCCUUUCACUGAUCAGGACGCGAAUAGUCUUUUUACGCGUGGAAAUACAGAGAAAGGUAACGAGAAUGAAGGGGAAUUAUAAAAAUAAUAUGAUGGUGAUGUAUUAAUGGAGAGCGCAAUUAUCUAUACAUAUCAGAUAUCACAAAAUUGUGAUUGAUCGUCAUUGAACAUAUCACAAGUGUGCUCUAAUAUAUAUAUCUAUAUAUUGGAUACAUAUCUAAUGCGAAGAUGUUGAGGCACAUCCUGAGGGUGGAAUAUUAUUUUCUUAUUUUAUUUGAUCCACCACCCUGUUUAGCAACGAGACUAAGGGCUGCCUCCGCCGAAUAACGAAAAAACGAGAAACCAAGUAUUUAAUGGAUAUAAUUAAAGAGGAAAAUUGCUUUCGAAUACCUGCUGAGGGCUGGUAGCGAGCCCCGACGACAAUUACUCAUUAACUAUUUAGUUUCAAAUAGUAAAGAUAAUACUACAGGAGGAUAUAGAGUAAGUGUUGAACAAGGGGCUCGAAGUCGAAGUCAACUCAUGUAUCCUAAAUGUUACAAUUGAAAAGCUGUAAUGUAAAAAACCAAAGCCAUAAGGCAAAACCUAAAAUACCAUAUAUGUGUAUAUUAAUAUGUAUAAUUGAAGGAGAGGUGGAUACGUUGAUUGUAAAUGUUACGAAUAA